AUGGGUGAUCAAAGCGAUCGUGUUGAACAAAUUGACCAAAAUCCGUCUUUAAAUCCUAAUAAUCCCAAUCCGUCUUUCAAUCUUCAUUUUGAUGAUGAACUGAUUUUUCCUCCUUCUCACCCUUUUUAUUUGCACCCUUCUGAUAAUCCCGAUAUUAUGAUAGUUGCUAAGCAAUUCAAUGGUAGUUGUUUUGGUGCUUGGAGAAGGGGAAUUAUAAUUGCACUUUCUGCAAAGAAGAAAAUAGGGUUUAUCAAUGGUAGUUAUACUCGUCCUGAUGUUGAUUCACCACUCUUCAUUCAAUGGGAACAAUGUAAUAAUAUGCCCAAUGGUGCUCAAAUGUAUGAGGUUCAGAAGGAUCUGAGCGCAGUUUCUCAAGGUUCUUCUGAUAUAAGUGGAUACUUCAACAAGGUUAAAAGGCUUUGGGAUGAAAUGGAGUCUUUGAAUACAAAAUCUUAUUGUGCUGUGAGUGAAAUUGUGGAGGAUGAGAAACAGAGGGGUAUUCAGAAUCUCCAUAUGUUUCAAUCUGAUUCAGCAUCAUUCUCUGUUGGAUCUAAUCUCCCUGGUCCUUCAUUCCAUAAUCCAAAAACCACUCUCAAUACUCAGAAUCAGAAAUACAACUUCACUACUCCAAAUCAGUAUCAAAGAGGAAACUCUGAUGCAAAGAGAUCUCCAGAACCUAGGAAAUCUUUCUGCCGGUAUUGCAAGAAGAGCGGGCAUGUAAUAAAAACGUGCUAUAAACAUCAUGGUUAUCCACAGAACUUCAAAUUUGGCAAUAAAAAUGUCAGAGUUGCUGGCAAUGUGUACUCAAACUCUGAGGUCAAAGCUGAUGAUCCCACUGAGAAUCCCACUUCUUCCACCAUAACCGCAGACCAAUACAAACAACUUAUAAGCAUUCUCCAACAUGUCCAGGUUUCCGAUGAGGUCAGAAUGAGUUCCCUACUGCCUCUGCUAAUUUUGCAGGGCCCUUCUCUUAAGAAGCCAUAG